AUGGCGACCGAUGGUAGUAGGGCUUCGUUGCAGCUACCCUGCGUUUUUUCACCCAAAUCACGACAGUACUUAGCAUUGUGUGCCCAGGAUGGCAGACUUCGCAUAUGGAACACAGAUAGCAAAACACUUCACCAAGAAUACGUGCCUUCAGCUCAUCUGAGUGCCACUUGUACCUGCAUUGCCUGGGGACCAUGCCGGACAGUCAAGGAGGGACCCCAGAGGAAGAAGAGGAAAUCAGAGGCAGGUCAGGUGGAGGAGAAGGCUGACCUGCUGGCAAUGGGCACAGCUGCAGGCACUGUACUCAUCUAUAGUACCGCAAAGGGAGCACUGCACUGUACUCUGGAGGGGGGUCAUAGUGGAGGAGUAAACUGUGUCCAGUGGCACCCUGAGGACAGUUUAUUAUACAGCGGUUCAGAUGAUACACACAUUGUAGAGUGGGACCUGCAGACAGGCAAGAAACGAAGUAAUUGGAAGGCGGAUCGUGCGGCUGUGACGAGUUUGUGUGUGAGUCCUGAUGGCAAACUCCUCCUCUCAGCUGGACGUACAAUCAAGAUGUGGGAUUUGGACACCAAGGAGGUUUACAGGAAAUUCACAGGCCACUCCACAGCUGUGACGACCCUGUGCUUUGCCACAACACGACCUCCGGACAGCAAUGGCCUCUACUUCCUGUCUGGAGCAGAACAUGAUCGAUUGCUCAGUGUUUGGCAAGUACGGGAGGAUGGACGGGACAAAAACUCAGUGGUGUCCUUCACGCUGACAGAUGAGCCACAGCAUGUCGACCUUGUUCCAUCCAACAGCAAGGAAGAGGCGGUGAGGCUGGCAGUGGUUUGUAAAGAUGGACAGCUGCAUCUGUUUGAGCACUUUUUAAAUGGACCCUGCAAGAAGCCCUUGUCACCCUCAUGUACGGUACAGAUGUCGGACACCAAGGACUCUCCUGCGCCGAUUCCCCUGCUGGCGGCGGCUCUGGGAGCUGAUACUCGGUCUGCACUGCUGGCGUACGGCAACCACCUACAGCCUGUAAUGGAGAGAGCGGAGAUCAACACAGCAGAGAGACAUGUCUGUUUGACCCGAGAUAUUCACACCAGCUUGUCCCUUUCCAUGGAGACCGCCGUUUCCAAGGUGAAAACCCCUGUUGUCAACGCCAAGAGUAAAGUGUUGGUCCCUGGGCUCCCAGGUCACCAAGCCCCGAUAAAAGGAACCUCACAGGGGUCAGAGAAGAGGAAAAAGGACACAGACACAAAAGAGAUGUCAAUAGAGGAACGACUAGGUGAGAUUGAUUUGUCUACAGUUUCCACGGAGAAAGGAGCUCUUAAGGGCAAAGCUUCUUUACAGACCGAUAACUUUGCGGUGCUGCUGGUGCAGGGCUUGGAAAGCAAGGACGCAAGCAUCUUAAAUAAAGUUCUGCAGACUCGCAAAGACAUGGUGAUAAACAAAACUGUUGCCCGGUUACCCCUCCCCGUUGUUUUACCUUUUGUGGAAGAGCUCACAAAGAGGCUUCAAGGACACCCUUGCACGGCUUUGCUAAUUGUGCGGUGGCUCAAGGCUGUGCUGGUGCAUCACACAUCAUACCUUGCAUCGCUGCCAGACCUGGUUACCCAGCUGGGAGUGCUUUAUCACAUGAUCGAGACCAGAGUGAAGAUGUUUCACAAACUAACCAAACUUAAUGGGAAACUGCAUCUCCUCAUGACACAGGUGGCGACAAGUGACAGCAGCACCACAGUCACAGAUGUUGACCACACGGCUAAGCUGGUUUAUGAAGAGGAAUCAUCUGAUGAAGAUGAAGCCUCUGGUGAUGAAGGUCUUCAAGAUGCAGACUCUGAUAAUUGGGAAGAGGAGGAGACAAUGGAGGAAGAUGAGAAGAAGCAAUCAGACAACGACGAGGAAGAGGAUCCAGACAGCAGAACGGAAUCCAAAGCUAACGGCGAGGAAGACAUGGAACAUGAAAACGAGAGUGAAGAGGAAUGAGAAUGAAUGAGGAAAAUGCCAGUUCAUACACAAAAUGGACCUGAAAGAGUUAUAUAUACUUUCAUUUUAUUUUCAUGCUUUUGAUUUUAUUAUCAGAACAAAGUGUGGUUUUACAGAAGCGAGGGACAAAGGUUGCAGCUCCAGCAGUACAACCCCACCACCACCCACUCGAUCCAGACACUCAGGGGAUGAGUCACACCCCUGUCUCCCCUCCAACUGAGAAACAGAUGCAGCGUUUAGGGGUGGAUGGCAAAAACAUUCUGCUAAAUGUAAUUGAUGCAAGUUUUCCUGCUUUGACAGUCUGCAUCCCAGUUCUGUCUCCUCCUGAGUUUGCAUUGAAAACGACUGAAACAAUAAUUUGCUGGCGUUCCAGUUUGCCUUCACUGCAGUCUGCAUUCCAACUGAUGUCAUUAUGUAACAAAUAGUAUUACAGUAUACGGUGUGUUGACAAGACGGCACACUGUCACUGAUUGGUUCGUUCCUAUCCAGCUCCGUAGGCCAUGUGGAACUCACCCUCACCUUGUCCAGUGGAGCCUAAAAAAUGCAAACCUAGGCAGGCGACGUGGUGGGAUUCAGACCCCUGGCUGUUGUACAGAAUACUGCUUGCUUCCAGAGAUGGGCUUGCUAGGCAAGACCAUUCAUCAUGUCCCCACACAAUGUAAAUCUGUUUGUACAGUGAAGUGUUUGUAUGGGCUCUUCCCUCUACAGCUCCCCCCAAUGACCCUUUGGAUUAAAUGAACUCCUGUAAAGUCUC